AUUGUAAUUUCUCUUUCCUUCGGCAAGCACAUUUCCCCUGGCGAGGGGUGUUCAGAGUUUGUUGUUGUUUCUCUCGGUAAAACCGAUUCUUUUUCUCGCCAGCGAGGAUUUGCGCUGAGAGUAAUAUCAGAGACACCAGGAUCUUGUGGUGGACUACGCAACGAGUUUAAAUCACUCAGUCAACUGGAUUCUCUGAUCCCACGUACUCACAUUCUUCAGUUACUCAGCUGUGUCGUUUGUGUGACCCAUAAGCUUUUGGAAUGCCAGCGUGACAUCACCAAAAUGUGCCUGCCAAAGGAUUUUAAGUGAUUCAUAAGGGAGCUCAGCUACGCCUGUUGACUAAAUCUUUGUAUUUUGGACCAAAUGGCAUCAGCUGCUCCCUUACGUCUAGCCAGCUCUGUGGAGAAGACGAAUGGAGGAAAGCUCAGCCGACUUCUCAUCGAUGGUGGAACAGCAGUUAUAAGGAGCAUUUUUAAGAUACAUCAUCCCCCAGCAAGUCUUUCGGCCGCGUUUAAUGCAAACUAUUCAACUCUCAACAAUCUCUUGAGAAGAAGGAUCCUUCAUAGACCUCAAUGGGAUCUAUUGUUUCCUCCAAGUGGUACUCCUCCGGACUCCCAAACAUUUGAUAUCACUCUUUUAUUCCUUCUCUUAACCAACAUCUGUGGUCUCUCCCCACCCCACUCUGGUUGGCAUUCUAAUCCACCUCCCAGUGACAGCUCUCUUGAAGCAAAUCUUGCUCGUAUAAAGUUUUACCGCAAUCAGUUGUAUGGCCAUGUUUCCACAACUGGUGUUGCUGAUCCAACUUUCUCAACUCUCUGGCAGGAGAUAAGUGCUGUUCUUGUUGCUCUUGGCUUGCAGCAGGCAGAAAUCGAUAGAUUACAGGCUGAGCACAGUGGAGAGCAAGAGUUCAUUGAUGUAUUGCUUGAGUGGGCAGAUACGGAGGAAGACAUAAAAUCUCAGCUGAAAGACAUGCGGGACAUGCAGGCUAAAGUGCUGCAAACUGUAGAAGGCUUGAAAGGGGAAAGAGAAGGGUUUAGAAGAGAUGAAAUUCUUAGGAAACUUGCAAAGGUUGACCCUUCAAGUGAUAUAAGUGAUCACGCAGGUAAAUAUGUGGAGGGAACUCGUUUGUCGGUCUUUGCAGAAGUCGAGAGGUGGUUAGAAGACAGGAGUUCUCCAAAUCGAGUGAUUGUUAUCACUGGAAAUGCGGGGAUGGGAAAGUCGGUAAUCUCGGCUGUCUUUUGUCAAAAGAUGUCAAAAGCUGGAAGAUUGUCAGGGAGCCACUUUUGUCGGCAUAACAAGGCGCGCCGAAGAAAUCCGAAAGUGCUGUUGCAGUCCUUAGCCCGUCAGCUUUCAGAUUCACUACCAGAAUACGAGAAAGCUCUCGUGAAAAAUCUUUCAGGAAAUCUGGGCGUGGGGAUUAACGACAUGGAGGUGGAAGAACUGUUUGAAUAGUUGUUUGGAGAGCCUCUUUUAGAUGUAGAAGACCCAGGCUCGAUCCAUCUCAUGAUAAUAGAUGGCUUAGACGAAAGCGAAUACCAAGGACGUAAUGAGCUUUUGAAUGUGAUUGCCAAUUACUUUAAGACGCUUCCGCAUUGGAUUCGACUUGUCGUAACAACGCGACCUGAAGUGAACAUCUCGGAGAAGCUUCAAGAAUUAAAUCCCUUACUACUGAAACCUAAUGAUCAAGAAAACUUGAUGGACAUCAGACUUUGCUUUAAAGAACAGCUGAAACAUGUUCUGCAAUCCGAUCGCCAAGAUACCAUUUUAGAGAAGCUUGUUGAAAAGUCAGAAGGAGUCAUGUUAUUUACCUACUACUUAAUAGAAUUCAUUGACAAGAAUGCUCUUCGUAUGAGUGUUGAUGAACUGAUCAAAAGCCGCUUGCCAUCAGAUAUAUCGUCAGUUUACCAAAACUAUUUCAAGCGCCUGAAAACUGAGCUACAGAAAGAAGUGGGCAUUACCGAAGUCCAAUUCUAUGAUUUCUUAAAUGCCCUUGUGGCAGCAAGAGAACCAUUGCCAAUGGAUUUUGCUUGUAAGUUGUUUCUUUCCAAAGAAUGGUCAUCCGCUGAUGAGCAAAAAGUACGCGACGCAAUAGAUUGUAUAUCGGCUCUUCUACCUAUCGAGGGCGAGUGCAUUAACUUCUUUCACAAGUCGGUCAAAGACUGGUUGAUUGAAAAGUCUACUUCAAGGCAGAAGAAGUUCACAGUGAACGAAAGAGAAUGUCAACGCGUCAUUGCAAAGGUUUGCACCGAUGAACUAGAUAGUUUGAAACGUAAGGGGAUCCCGAGGUCAGGAUUGAAACAGACGUCGAGGUAUGCCUUGCAGCAUGGCGUUCAGCAUAUACUUGAGGUAGAAAAGAAUGCUCGACCAUAUUGCCUCGACGACAUUGUCAAAAAUUAUGUUUUGAACAUAGAAUUGACGUAUGCAAAGCUAUCUGUGAUCUACCGGUCAGUAGUUUUCCAUCCAACCUUAAACCUGAUCUUACCAGGGAUUCUUUGUCAGGCUUAUACUUUGGCCGGAGACCUGAAACCACUCUUUCUUACGAGCAAGUGCCGGUUUAAUUUGUGUUCAAUUUCUGGGGACAAAACCACGAUGCUGACUGACUGUCCAAACCGGAAGAAGUUUGUCACCCAGUGGAGUCUAAAAGAUGGAACUGAAAUCACUCGUUUUUCCCACGAACACGAUAUUUUAUCCUUUGCUUGGUCUCCUAGUGGAAGGCUGAUGGCGAUCGCCGAUUCUGCGCGUUGCAUAUACCUGAUUGACACACUUGAUGGAUUAAAGACUCUGAUACGGGCUGAUACUCCAACAAACUGUAGUAUGUUAAAGUUAUCUCCUGAUUGCCGGUUCCUAUUCGGUUUGUGCUUUGGUAGGGAUGAGAUGGAGAUAACUGAGCACUUCCUGAUUUUGUGUUUAGAUAUUCAGAGGGACACUGAAUCAAUAUAUAAUUUUGAUCGCUUUCCGAUUACGAGUCACAGCGAGUACGCCUUAGCAUUUGAAACUUGCAAUGAGAAUGGCUUUUUAUCAGGAGAUCCCUUUUGGUAUUCAUUUGAGAGAAGUUUCUGUGAUCUUGCGGCGUUUGCACUUGUACUAAGUAAGGAGCUGUUUAUAAGAGCUUCCCCUUGCAGUGGUGUCAUCGAAAUGUUUAGGCUUAACGAAGUAAGGAUGGUGAGAGGUGAAAGUAGCGAUGAAGCGGAGCAAGGCACAGAUCUUGGUGACCUUACGGAACAGAGAGGCGAAAAUAACGAUCUAACGGAACAGAAAGCUGAACUCGCUGGCCUACCAGAAGAGGAAGAACUUCUUGAUUUAGAUGACCUAAUGGAAAUUGACGAUAUGCAGGAACGGAGAGCUGAAAACGAUGUCUUCUCAGGACAGAGAGCUGAAGUUGUUGAUCCACUGGAGCAGAGAGCUAAACUUGACGACCUACCAGAACAGAGAGCUGGACGUGGUGGUUUAGUAGAACAUAGUGCGAAACUCAACAACACCACAGAAAAGAGAGAUGAGCUUGAUGACGUUGUGGGACAACGAACGGAAUUUAAUGACCCGAAAGAAAAGAAUAUUGAACUUAACUCAGUGGAGGUGGGUGUUAAACUGGUUGAAUCAUCAGUAAUAUUGGAAAUUGACCCUUGCGGUCUAUCAGAGAAUGGAGCUGAUCUUUAUGACCUUUCGGAAAAGAAUUCUAUAGUUUCUGACCAACAUGAACUCGACUUAGAAGAACUUUAUCUCUUAGCUGAUGUGGAUCAACAGGGUCCUUUACUGGAGGACGAAGAAAACAGCGUUGUUGAAGAUGAAAAUAUCGUGAAUGACGUUCAUUUCUCUGUUGAUGGCGACUCUCUCUAUGUGGUAAUGGGUACAAUAAUACAUGGGAUGAAUCUUAGGACUGGGGGUAUUUUUACUAAAAGGUUUAAGGGCGAAUGGGCGACUUGGUUUGGUGGCAUUAGUCUUGUGCCCGUCAAAAGAGGUGUCUUAUUUCAAAGAAGGAAGGGAAGGAAGUCGCUUGAGUUGUGGAACUCUGAGCUGUCUGUUUGCAUCCAAGGGUGGCCUGCCUUUGACGCCUACGAUGUUGUACCCCUAUCAGAGGAACGAAUCGCCAUUAAACCGCUGUCUUCCUUCAGUCGGAACUUGGAAGUGACUGUUCUAGAUACAACAAGUGGAAAAAUUGUUUCAAUUAUUGGAAAUUUUGAUGGUACAUUUUUGGCAUGUAACAGUAAAUGUGAAGUGCUAACCUAUACUUAUGGGGACUCAAUGCAGCUGCGGUGUGAAAACAGAGUGUUGUGGGAAACUUCUCUCCAUCCCGAUCUGCAACACAUAUCCGGUUCUGUUAUUUUUUCUCCUACUGAGGAAUACUUUAUCAUUUCUGGUAAAACUGACUCGUACGUCUUCGAUGUAGUUUCGGGAAAAGUGAUUUCUCAAUUGAAGGACACGAAUGUAGCUUCUACAAAGUUUAUCAGCAACGAGGACUGCAUUGCGGGCAUAUAUUUCUCAGGACAUUACUUUCUUCGAUUAUACAACGUGAAAUCUGGUGAUCUCCUGAGUGAAAUUGUUGAAGAACGAGAAGUUUCAAGUUUUGCAGCUUGUCCUUGUAAGCGCUUGGUUGAUCUUUCCAAAAUACUGACGUCUACAGAGAUUUGCAGUUUCGUCGCAGAAUGGAAAAGACAUGGGCAGAAAAGGCUGCAUUCCGCUGAUUCCUAUGGUUUGGAUUGGUUACGAUUUGCAAGCCAUAGCCUCUGA